ACCGCCCGCCUCUUUAUAACAGGAACAGGUACGACAGUAGCAGCUAGCAGCAACCAGCCAGGUGUGGAUGUGUGGUUUGUUUUGUCAUUGCGAAAGAAAACCGUUCUUUCACUGCUCGUCGGUACUACCUAAUACUAGCUGUGUUGUCACCCGAAAAGGUAAUUUUCAUGAUCCACUUGUUGCGGAAGAGACGUAGUGCAAAGUGUUAACUAGCAGACGGCAGGCGCUUUUGGAUUUCAGUCCGGUAAAUUGAUCUAAAUUGCGUCCGCACUGCGAGAUUACAUUUGCGGUGAAAGGUUGCACGGUUGAUCAGACUAAGCGGAGUGUGGAUGGCAAGUAGAAAGUACAUGUUUUUGUGCAAUUACUGUGGAAAUUCGAGUCCGGAAAACGAAGUAUAGAGGAUGCGUAUAUAAGAGCAAAAGGCGGAAGACAUGUUGACACAUAGUUCAGUCACAAAAAAAAUCGAAACCAUUUUUCGUUGUCACUAGUAGCUCGUACUAAAGGUGCCACCUCAUCGAAGUUCGCAGAUAUCAGUGAGGAGGUAGACCGAGCAUAAUACACGCAUAUCAAGUUCUAUUUGAACCACACGCGAAGCGUAACGAAGUGACACCAAUUCCUGAUUUACUACUAAAAAAGGAUGCGUCGUAAUUUUCGAGUACUGCUAAAGUACGCCCUGGUUGGAGGCUUCAUUCUGCUCUUCCUAACGCUGAUCAUUCGAUCGUUCAACGUGGUGGAUCGGCAGAGUUUGUUCCAGGGACACCUAUCACCACGGCAAGAGCCACUAGUGCAACAUCAGAAGCAAGGAUCCUUCUUCAAUGGAUCGCCGAAAAAUGCACUCCAAAAACGGAUCGAUUGGCACGAUUACCAGUUGAUCGAACAGGAAAAGAAACGUACGGGAGUCGGAGAGCACGGCAUAUCUGCCCAUCUGGAGAAAAAAGAUGAAGCGAUGAAGGAUAAACUGUUCAAGAAGAAUGGUUUCAAUGCUGUAUUGAGCGACUUGAUUUCGUUAAAUCGUUCGCUGCCAGAUAUUCGCCACAAAGGUUGCCGGAAGAAGAAGUAUUUGACUGAACUACCAACGGUUAGUGUGGUGGUUCCAUUCUAUAAUGAGCAUUGGAGUACGCUUCUGAGAACGGCAUCCAGUGUCUUGUUGAGGUCACCUCCGGAGCUUAUCAGUGAGAUAAUUUUGGUGGACGAUUGUAGUACUAAAGAGUUUCUGAAGGAUCAAUUAGACAGGUAUGUCACGGAGAACAUGCCGAAGGUUAAAGUAGUUCAUUUACCUGAGCGGUCCGGUUUAAUAACGGCUAGAUUGGCUGGAGCGAAAGUAGCUACUGCUGAUGUGUUAAUUUUCUUGGAUUCGCACACGGAAGCAAACGUAAAUUGGCUACCACCAUUGUUGGAGCCAAUCGCGGAGGAUUAUAGGACCUGUGUUUGUCCGUUUAUUGAUGUAAUUGAUUGGGAUACAUUUGAGUAUCGAGCCCAGGAUGAAGGCGCGCGGGGUGCAUUCGAUUGGAAGUUUUACUACAAGAGGUUGCCGCUGUUGCCAAAAGAUUUAGCGAACCCCACAGAACCUUUUGAAAGUCCUGUAAUGGCGGGAGGAUUGUUUGCGAUAAGCUCAAAGUUCUUUUGGGAACUUGGUGGGUACGACGAAGGUUUGGAUAUAUGGGGUGGUGAACAGUACGAGUUGAGCUUCAAAAUUUGGCAGUGCGGAGGCCGGAUGUAUGAUGCACCUUGUUCUCGCGUGGGUCAUAUCUAUAGAGGGUAUGCUCCUUUCGGAAAUCCCAGGAAAAAAGAUUUUCUAUCACGAAAUUACAAGCGCGUUGCCGAAGUGUGGAUGGAUGAAUAUAAAGAAUUUCUGUAUAUGAGAGAUAGAAAGAAAUACGAUAACACUGAUGCUGGAGAUCUGUCUAAGCAGUUGGCUAUUCGUGAGAAAUUACAGUGCAAGCCGUUCAAAUGGUUUAUGGAAAAAGUUGCUUUCGAUUUGAUCGAAAAAUACCCACCGGUUGAACCUCCGGACUUUGCCAACGGCGCAAUUCAAUCGUUGUCCAGUCCUAAUCUCUGCGUUGAUACGUUAAGUCAUGGAGAGAAGCAAACAAUCGGGUUGUUCUCCUGCGCUUCAGAUAAAAUUCAGCCACAACCUAAUCAGUAUUUCCAGCUGUCGUGGCAUCGCGAUUUGAGAAUCAAAUUCGGUGAACUUUGCUGGGACGUUUCGGAAAGUGGGCAGAACGCGAAAAUUUUACUAUUCCACUGUCACGGUGGACAGGGCAACCAGCUGUGGCGGUACGAUUUUGAUAAGCAAAUGAUUAAGCAGGGUAAGAACAAUCGUUGCCUGGAUAUGGACGCUGGCCAAAAAUCUGUAUUCGUGAAUCCUUGCAAUAUAGAGAAUCCCAACCAGAAGUGGAAGUGGGGCUUUGUGAAUAUAACCGCCAUGCAAAGUUGGGAGACGUACGGGGCAAAGUUAAUCGACUGAAUGGUAGUGGAAGACCAUCGCUUACUUCCACGAGCUCAAAUUCAUUUCUAUUAUAAAGUUAUACAACAUCACGAAUUGUGAUAGAAAACAGUCCAAGGUAGAACAAAUGAGUGGUAAUUAAGCCAAGAAUAAUGUGUUUUUUUUGUUAAGUGGAAAUUCGAGGUCUUGAACAAAUUGGAUUUUCUAAACUGUUUAUUGAAAGGACUUGAUUAAAGUAGUGUGAUAAAGGCAGUAUAAAAAUGAGUAUCUGAUAUUUUUUCUUUGAGCUGCACAAAAGCGUAUGGUAGGAUAACUAUACGAAUAACUUGCCAUGAAAACAUAUUCCCAACAGGAAUGGGUAGCCGAAUAACGAUAAUCACAAUAAACAUAUCUAGUCUGUAAGAUUUUUCUAGUAUUAUGUUUGCUGCAGUAACGUAGUAGAACAGAAGACAAUUGUAACGAAAUGCAUUUAAUCAAUUUAAAGGCCAUUUCCUUGAAACAUCUAUUUUGGGGAACCCAACAGCGUUAUUCUAUAGAAACGUGUACGAAAUGUGGAUUUCGAAACCGCUGCUACAAAUAAAAGCAAUAAAACAAGUAUUUUUUUGUCAAAACAAUGUGUUUGUUUG